UAUGAGAUGUUUUGAAUGGAGGUGUAUGCAUUCCGGGCCUUAUGCAAUCGGUUACGUAGAGAUGUGGCCUUGCAUGAUUCUACUCGAGAGGUUACUGUUGAGGAAGCCUUAGGAAUGUUUUGCUACACCGUCGGACAUGGUGUGGUUCAACGAAAUUCAGCUAAUCUAUUUCAACAUUCGGUUGAAACUGUGAAUCGACAUGUGUACGCAAUAAUGCGUGCAUUAUGUCGCCUUGCAUGCCAUGUGAUUAAACCAAAUCAGACGACAGGGGUGAUGCCUUAUAUUGAAGGAAAUCCCAGAUAUUAUCCAUGGUUUGAGCGACUUGCCCAGAAUGUCUUGUGUGUCUGUGAUUUCAAUAUGAAAUUCACAUUCGUAUACGCCGGGUGGGAGGGUACAGCCCAUGAUGCUCGCAUUUUUAUUGAUGCGUUAAGGCGUCCGGAGAACAAUUUUCCAUGGCCUCAAGACGAUUCUACAUUCCCUUGCACGGAGGGAUAUAUGCCGCUAUAUCCAAGGGUGAGAUACCACAGAUCUGAACGUCAUGGAAAUCGUACCUUCCAAGGAUAUAAAGAUCUAUUUAAUUAUCGGCAUUCAUCCAUUCAGAAUGUCAUUGAACGAACUUUUGGUGUUUUGAAGAGGCGUUUCCGACUUUUAAAAAACAUGCCUGAAUACCGUCCAACUCGGCAACGUUAUAUUAUUAUCGCAUGUUGUGCGAUACAUAACUUUAUUCGGAUCGUUACGCCUAAUGAUCAAACAUUUCUGGCAUUUAACAAUCCCGAUGAUUAUCUAGAAAUGAGUAUGGAUCAGGACAGUAAUGAACAAUUUCAUGUUCCUGACAUGUCAACUGCAUCGGCACAGUCAGUGGCUGCAAGUAGAGAUGCUAUUGCACAGGCUAUGUGGAUGCAUACUGUUGGACAACAAGGAAACACCUAAUUGCUAGCAUGGUGUUGCAAUCUUUUUUUUUAUAAUUUCUGUUGAAAAAAUCUGCAAACAAAAUAUAGUGUAAAAUUAGUUUUUACAUGCAUUUACACAUUUAAAUAAAAAAGUGAUAUUAUUUAUUAA